AUGGCACAGUCAAUGAAUUCAGCCACAGUGAAACCUGUACAAAACGCUGUAACUCCGUCUGCUAUACUUCCAAAGGCUGAAGUUAGUUAUCCAGCGGGAUAUGUUCAUUCAUCUCCAGUACCAGCUAUGGGACCUUUCUCUUCUAAAUCUGGAAAUGUCACCUUGAAUUACAACAGUUCAGCUAAAAUGCAUAAGACGGAGACUUCUGGAUCUUCUAUAUUGUUAGAUGGAGAAAGUUUCACUCAACAAAGGUUAUCAGGUCUUCUACACCAUGAUAAAGAUAUUUGGUCUGCUGGUUUGAUAAGAGAAGCUAUCAGCAAUAACACAUUUCUGAUGCAUUUAGAUCAAUCACAAAUAGAAGAAAUCGUAGCCUGCAUGUAUAAAAAACAAAUUCCUCAAGGAUGCUUUAUCAUACGUGAAGGUGAACCAGGCGAUGCAUUGUAUGUCGUAUCAGACGGAGUAUUGGAAGUAUACAAAGAUAACGCACUACUAGGAAGAAUGGAAGUUGGUCGUGCCUUCGGCGAGUUAGCUCUGCUUUACAAUUGCAAGAGAACUGCAUCCGUUCGAGCUGUAACAAACGCUUCGGCAUGGACACUGGAUCGGCGUGUUUUUCAGCAAAUUAUGAUGGCUUCAUGUAUUCACAAACAAGAAGAAAAUAAGAAAUUCUUGAAAAGUGUUCCUGCGCUGAGAAAUUUAUCCGCCGACAAAAUGAACAAAUUAGCUGACGUCUUAGAACCAGUAUUUUAUGAAGCUGGUGAAUACAUUAUACGUGAAGGGGAGCUUGGUGAAACAUUUUUCAUGAUUAAAUCUGGAAAGGUACGUGUUACUCAAACCGUUGAAGGAGCUGAUGAGGUACAGGAAAUACGUCAACUUUCUGAUGGAGAUUGGUUUGGAGAAAGAGCACUUUACACAUCUGAAAGACGAAGUGCUAAUGUAAUAUCUGCCGAAAAACGGUGUUCAUUUACUUUUAUUGGACAGAAGUAA